UCAGCUCAGAUCGAAGUGAUUCCUUGUAAGAUCUGUGGGGACAAAUCUUCUGGGAUCCACUAUGGAGUCAUCACCUGUGAAGGAUGCAAGGGUUUCUUUCGCCGGAGCCAACAGUGCAAUGUAGCAUACUCCUGUACCCGACAGCAAAGCUGCCCCAUAGACCGUACCAGCCGGAACCGCUGUCAGCACUGUCGCCUGCAGAAAUGCCUGGCUUUGGGCAUGUCCCGGGAUGCUGUCAAGUUUGGCCGAAUGUCCAAGAAGCAAAGGGACAGUUUGCACGCCGAAGUGCAGAAGCAACUACAGCAGCAGCAGCAGCAGCAGCAGCAGCAACAGCGGCAGCAGCAACAGCGGCAGCAGCAAGUGGCCACUCCCCCGCCUGCUGCAGGGGCCAGAGAAGCAGACACCCCAGCCUAUCCUCUUGCCCUCCCCGGGGGACAGUUGCCCCUGGGUUCCUCACCUGAUCUGCCUGAGGCUUCUGCCUGCCCCCCUGCUCUCCUUAGUGCCCCGGGCCCUGGACCCUCCUACCCUAGUAGUCUGGCCAAAAUGGGGCUGGCCGGGGCUGUGUACUCCCGGGGGUACAACCCAGAUCGGGCAAAGGCUGAGAUCGGCAGGGCCUUCUAUGGCUUGGGGAGCCAGCUGUCCCCUGACAGGUGUGAGCUCCACUUUGGGGAACCCCGACAUCUGGUGCUUGGGGAGCCAAGCCAGGGGAGGGACUUGUACUGCAGCCCCAGCUUCCGCCUUGAGCUCCCCAACGCUUCUCUGACUGAGAUUGAGCACUUGGUCCAAAAUGUUUGCAAAUCCUAUCAAGAGACCUGUCAACUUCGCCUGGAAGACUUGCAGCGGCAACGUUCCAACGUCUUCUCCCGGGAGGAGGUGACCAGCUACCAAAGAAAGUCAAUGUGGGAGAUGUGGGAACGCUGCGCCCAUCGACUCACCGAGGCCAUUCAGUACGUGGUGGAAUUCGCCAAAAGGCUGGCAGGCUUCAUGGAGCUUUGUCAGAAUGACCAGAUUGUGCUGCUCAAAGCAGGAGCCAUGGAGGUGGUGCUGGUGAGAAUGUGCCGGGCCUACAAUGCUGACAAUCGCACAGUCUUCUUUGAGGGCAAAUAUGGCGGCAUGGACCUCUUCAGAGCAUUGGGCUGCAGUGAACUCAUUGGCUCCAUCUUUGACUUCUCCCACUCUCUGUGUGCCCUGCAUUUCUCCGAUGAUGAAAUUGCUCUCUAUACAGCCCUUGUUCUCAUCAACGCCAACAGGCCAUGGUUACAAGAAAAAAAGAAGGUAGAACAGUUACAACACAGUUUGGAGUUGGCAUUUCACUAUCUUCUGUGUAAGACUCACCGUCAAGGCAUCCUGGCUAAGCUGCCACCCAAGGGGAAACUUCGGAGCCUAUGUAGCCAGCACAUGGAGAAGUUGCAAUCCUUCCAGCACCUCCAUCCCAUUGUUGUCCAAGCUGCCUUCCCUCCCCUCUACAAGGAACUCUUCAGUACUGAAACUGAGCCUCCUGGGGUGCUAUCUGACUGAGUUAAAUGGUCGACUCCCCUCUCAUCAUAAAGUCUCCUGCCCUAACCUCAAGCCCUCCACAACUGCCUCCCUACUGCCUAAAUAUUAUCUGCUUCCCCUUCCCCCUUUCCCAUGGCCUCCAGAAAUAGCCUGUGCUGUUACAAGUUAGGCCAGGUGGUUGAAUUCAUUCCCUGGAGUAGACUCAUCUUUACUGACCAGCCUGGCAGUACUAUAGAUGGCAAGAGGGAAGAGAUUCUGGGAUCUCACCAGCUACAACUUUGAGUUGCUUCAUUUUCCCCUAUCCCUCUAAGCUUUUGAGAGGCCUAAGGAGGAGGCAGUGAAUAUGAGGGAGAAGAAAAUCAAGGCAACAGAGAAACUCAGAGGCCACACUGAACAAAUGCCAAUUUUGAGCUCUGAACCCAAAGUGGGGUUUUUGAAAUACCUCAUUUCAUUUCCCAGAAGGCUGAUGACCAGAGAAGCCAGAUCAAGCUCAAAGAUGAGUUCAAACCCAAAAGGAAUUGUUCAUUUUACAUAUCACCCAGAAGUUCAUCUUUCCAUCCUUUUCUUCCAGGUUAUGAUAGAAAAUGGAUGGCCAUGUUUCUUCACUACCUUCUCAGGGGGCUUAGGAGAAACGAAAUGUGUUCGUGAUAUGGAAAAGGGAGGUUAGAGAUAAUAAUUGCAAGAGUUCAAGGUGUAUGGGUGUGGGGGCACAAGAUUGGAUAGACAAAUAUGAAGGGGAGGGUGGGAACAAAAGCCAUUUUACAUGCACUUUAUACAUGGGAUACAAAAAUUGGUAUAAACAUAAUCACAAACUAUACAAGGAGAAACACUUAGAUGCAUAAGCAAGGUCCUAUCCAAACCCAUAAUCACACCAAUAAGAUGCUUCAGGAAGAAGUCCCUAGUCCUGAGGGAUCCCAGAAGGAUGAUGAUGUGGAGCUUCUGGAUUCCACUGUCCUUGAGAACUCCUGCUUUUGGUCUGGGAUGCUGCCACCUCUCAGCAUAGUGUCAGCAGCCCUUGGCUACCAUACCUCAUGGAAUCAAACAUGAGUAAGAAUAUCUGGGCACAGACCAAGGAAAUGAUUCAAGUGAUGCCACCAUCUCCCUGUCCUCAAAGGAUCCCCUCUGUCCCACCUACCAGACUUGCCCUUUGUUCUGGGAAGAGGAAGAAGACAAUAUAUUCUGUCAGUUCCAGGACCACAAACCCCGGAGGUAGGGGGAAUGAAGGCAGCCCUCAAAUAUCCCCCAAGAACUCUUAUGUUGCUGGUGGACCUUUUUUAACCUUACAAACUGCUACUGUCCUGCCCUUUGGUGGUGUAGGGUAGUUGAAGGGUAGUGGGGGGGAUGGGAAUGAAAGCUGAAAUUUUCAUUACUUUUACUCUCUGGGGAAGGGCGACAAGGGAAAACUCAAUUUUAGAUGUGUGUCAUUCUUUGCAAGGUGAUUUUAAAGGAUAUGGGGAGGGAAGACAGAGCAAAAGCAACAGUGUCAGUAAGGAAAUCAAGAACAUUUGAGCUACUAUUGACUACAGUUAAACAAGGUUACCCAGAUGGCCUGAUUGAUUUCAUUCUUGCGCCAGAGAAAACCAUCAGCACUAUAAUCAGAGCUCACCAUAAUAUGUGGCAUAGUGGACUGGGUACUGGUCUAAGAAUAAGGACAAUAGUUCAAAUCCUGAGAUACUAAUUAUGUGAUAUCUUUCAAGUCUAGGCCUCAGUUUCCCAUUCCUGAAAAUGAAAGAAUCAUACUUGCCUUUUUUUAAAAGCCGCUGCCUGCUCUAAAUUAAUGAUCCUCUGAUCUAAUCUCUCACUAGCCAUUCUGAUUGAAACAUUUCACAGAGGAGACUAAAAUGAAAGGGCCCCAGUCUCUUCCUUGUAAAAUCUGAAGGCUGGACUAGAUAAUUUCUGACAAUUCCAGCUCAUAUUUGAUGUCUGUAACCUCAGAGACACAGGUAGCAAUCCUGUUUCCUCAUCCAUAAAAUAAGGUUAGACUAUACAAUCUUUAAAGUCCCUUUCAGUUCUAGUAUCUUUUGUCUAUUAUAACCUUACAGAGGUAUUCCCAAAUGCCAGGGAGAUCCUAUUGAAACAUAAAACUAUCAUCAAUUUACUCAAUCUUCCCCUGGUACCAGUGCCCUCCUAUAGGCUCUCUUGCUCCUUGGUUCUCCCUGCCCUAUAUCAGUGGCUCCUGCUGCAGCCCUCCCCCUAAGACUUUAUUUAUUUAUUUUGCACCAACGGGUUUGCUGCAGACUCAUUCUCACUUGGUUUAAAAAGAGAGAGAAGGAGAAAAAAAGAGAAACCCUUUCCAGCUCUUCUCUCUACCUUGGUGGCAGCAGCCGAGACUGGCAGGCAAGCCCUAGGAGAAAUAGUUGUGCUAGAAAGGUGCAGGGGGUCCAAAGGCACAGACUGAAUGGGAGCAUUCCUCAACCCCAGACAGGAUGCAGUACCCAUCUCGAUGAAGUCCCCAAGAUCUCCCUGGUAAGUGCCUCCCCAUCAGUCCCAGCCCGAUCCCCCAUCCUUACCUUUAGGCAGCUUUCCUCAUUUCCAUGGCAUUUUCAGAGUAGAGUAGCCCCAAGGUAUCUGACAGAUUUUUCCAGCCCCCAAACCCCAUCUCAUUGAUUGCUGGCACAUUGGAUGGAUGAUGAAUACCAGGGCUUUGUUGUAAGGAGCCAAAGGGCACCGGGUGCCCCGUGCCUACGGAAAAGAAAUCCAAGGGGGACUUUCUUCCCCCUAGGGGGAGGAGCCUUAGCCAAGCAAGGAUGAUUUUGACCUGUUUGUACCUGAAAUCUACCUCUCUCUGUUCCCUUAUCUUCCCUAUCCAUAUGCCUUAAUUUGGGUGCUUCAGGAUCCUUUCAGAGGGGACGUGAUAGCUUGGACUGAUAUCAAAUGUCCUCAAGACUGCAGCAGAGAGGCUGGGAAGGAGGAAUCUCUUCAAAUAUAAUAUUGCUUGAGAAAGAGAUGACCAUUUCUCCAAAUGUUCUGAAUGUUUAUUAUACUUGCCCCCUCCCUUUUCAUCCAUUGCAAUUUAAGGAGGAAAAGGGAGGGGGUCACCUUUUCCUGCUCUCUUGCCAACUGGCAGGAAGCCAGUAUAGCAGCCAUGGAGACAUGAGAAAAGUUUGCUCUUGGAUACCUUAUAAAUAAAUAAACCAAGGAAAGAG